CUCGAUAGUAAUCGAGUCUCGAAUCGUUUCGCGUCGUGUAUUCUUCGUAUACCUUCGUACUUCGAUAAGAAAAAUAGAAGUUUCCAUGCUUUUUCAUUUCUUCGCGUGAAGUAUAAAAUUAUUUACGUUUUAAAACAUCAAACAAGAAUUGAGAUAAAUAAAUAUCCGUGGUUUCAAUACAAGGAAAGGGUCAAACAUCUAACCAGACAACAUGGCCGAAGAUUUUGAUGUCGAAGCUAUGCUGGAAGCACCAUACAUUAAAAAUAAUGUACCCAGUCGGGGGGGAGAUCACGAAGCCAGCAGCAGAAAGUCACCAUACAGAGAGCAUCAGGAGAGUAGCAGUAGCAAGGGUGGAAGCAAAUCGUCAUCACAUUUGAAUGGACGCAAACAUUAUUCAAGAAGUCGUUCGGGUUCACCACGUACUACAGAUGAUCGAAAAGCGCGCAAAUCAAAGGAUCGCGAUCGUCAACGCGAUAGAGACGAAAGUAAUUAUUCCAAGGAUAGGGAUCGCACUCGUGACAAAGAUCGCGUACGUGAUCGUGAAAGAAAUGGAGAACGUGAGCGCCGUUAUGGAUCACAAGAUCGUGAUCGAGACCGGGAACGUGACCGUGACCGUGACCGUGAUGCUGAGAAACGACGUAGUCGUUCCAAGGACAGACGUCGAAGUAGCCGUUCACGAGAACGUGAUCGUCGUUCAAGAGAAAGACGUGGUAGUAGACCACGCUCCGAACGACGACGUAGUCGUUCCCCAACACGAGAUCGUCGCUCAAGGGAAAAAAAGCUAAGCCCGAUUCGUGAAUAUAAAGGUGGUCGUCCAGGAUUUGGUUCAAACUCGAGAGAAAGAAGUACCAAACGGCGAAGUAACUCUCCACGACCGUUCCGUCGAGGCAGAACGCCACCCAACGGUCUGGGUGAUCGAUCUCCGCGUGCCGAUCUCAGUCCUGAGGAACGUGAUGCGCGCACUGUAUUUUGUAUGCAACUUUCACAACGCAUACGUGCCCGCGACUUAGAAGAGUUUUUCUCAAGUGUCGGAAAAGUGCGUGAUGUUCGCUUAAUAACAUGCAACAAAACUAAACGAUUCAAAGGUAUAGCAUAUAUUGAAUUCAAAGACCCAGAAUCAGUUGCAUUAGCACUGGGGCUGUCGGGUCAAAGACUACUGGGCAUUCCAAUUUCUGUACAACAUACACAGGCUGAAAAAAAUCGUAUUGCAAAUGCUGUACCCACGUUCACACCUAAAAAUCACACUGGACCUAUGCGAUUAUAUGUAGGAUCGUUGCAUUUCAACAUUACUGAAGAUAUGCUUAAAGGUAUCUUUGAACCUUUUGGGAAAAUUGACUCCAUACAAUUAAUUAUGGAUACUGAGACUGGUCGUUCUAAAGGAUACGGAUUUAUUACGUAUCAUAAUGCGGAUGAUGCCAAAAAAGCUCUAGAACAGCUAAACGGCUUCGAAUUGGCAGGGCGACCAAUGAAGGUGGGAAAUGUGACUGAACGUUUAGAUAUGAACACGUCUUCUUUGGAUACUGAUGAAAUGGAUCGAAGCGGCAUAGACCUGGGUGCCACUGGUAGAUUGCAAUUGAUGUUUAAAUUAGCAGAGGGUGCUGGUUUAGCAGUGCCUCAAGCAGCAGCCAACGCAUUAUUAGCCACUGCGCCACAACCAGCACCAAUUCAGACUCAGACUCAAACUCCGGCCAUAGCUACACAAUGCUUCAUGCUAUCCAACAUGUUUGAUCCCCGCACAGAAACGAAUCCGGCAUGGGAUAGUGAAAUACGUGACGAUGUCAUUGAUGAAUGUUCCAAGCAUGGCGGUGUACUACAUAUUUUUGUUGACAAAGCAUCACCAACGGGAAAUGUCUAUGUAAAAUGUCCAAGCAUAACCACCGCUGUUCUGGCAGUAAAUGCUUUACAUGGACGUUGGUUCGCUGGUCGCGUCAUUACCGCAGCCUAUGUACCAUUACUGAAUUACCACUCUCUAUUUCCAGAUGCGAUAACAGCAGUUAAUUUGUUAGCCUCGAAACGAAAGUCCGGUGAAUAAAGUUAAAACGAAAAAUGUUUAGUCAUAAGUACAUGUAACACGCUGUUUGGCUUUCAAAUUUUAUAUAUCGGUCGGACGUUUGAGCAUGUUCACAUUAUGUAUACCAUGCAUUCCUGCUCUCCUAGCGCUAGAAGAGAUAUUCGGUCCACUAUCAGAUUGCAUCGUUUUUAUAGAAACAACGUUCUUUGCAGAUUAAUUGCAUGGGGUUUUAUUAAACAUCUGCCUAGUAAUAAUCUAACCGUUCUGAUUUUUUCUUCUAAUUUGUAUUUUAGUAGAACUUUGAAAUUUAAUAUACUGUAAAAUAUACAUAACCAUAUAUUUGAACACUACAAUAAAUAAACAAGAUGUUUAAAUUUAUUUUAAAUGAA